AUGGAAUUUUUUGAGAAGGUGGAAAUUAAUCUACCGUUUCUCCAAGCUCUAAGGCUACCCAUCUUCAGUAAGUUUAUCAAGGAGUUUAUCACUGGGAAGACUAAACCUAGCUGCAAAAUAGUGAGUAGAGAAACCGUGUCGGCAAUGAUUCAGAAGAGAAGAAUGCCCUCCAAGCGUACUGAUCCAGGUAUGCUCACUCUCCCCAUUUCGAUUGGGAACAUUAAAGUCGAGCAUGCUAUGUGUGACCUAGGAGCGUCAAUAAAUGUAUUACCGCUUUCCCUUUAUAAGAAACUGGAAGGAAUGAGAAUGGUUGAUACGAAGGUGGUAAUUCAAUUAGCUGAUAGGUCAUGCAUUAGUCCUGAGGGCGUGUUAGAAAAUGUAAUAGUCAAGGUGCAUGAUUUUCUGUACCCCGCUGAUUUCCACAUUAUGAAGAUGAGUGAGUACCAGUCUGCUGAGUCCAGCAGAGUGCUUUUAGGAAGACCAUUUCUACGCACCACUAAGACAAUCAUUGAUGUUUUUGAUGGAACUAUUUGCUUAGAUUAUCAUGGAGAAAAGUUCACUUUUAACAUUGAUGAGGCUAUGAAGAAGCUAGUGGAUAUAGAAAAUAUGCAUGUUGUAGAUGUGAUUAACCCCCUGGUCCAAGAAUUUCUUGAGACAGAAUUGAUGCAGGAAGAGGUAGAAAAUUCGGAAUUGAGUCACUCCAUUGACAAGGAGGUGGCCAAUUGGUGCGAGACAGUAAACACACUGGGAAUGACAUAUGAAGAAUUAGCAGAUGCAAUUCUGGAAUUUUGUAAAAGUCCUGAAUCUGCCGGGUCCAAAGGAUUAACCUGCGUAGCUAAUGUGGAAAAUUUACCUGAGCCUGAAGGAUUAAUUACCAAGGAGGUAAAGAAGAACCCACUACCCCAGGAGACAAGUUCAACAAAGAAGGAACUGAAGAGAUUGCCCCCAGGUCUCAGAUAUGCUUAUUUGGAAGAGAACGAGAUGUUCCCGGUAAUCGUCAACAACAACCUAACCAGGGAGUAG